AUGCAUCAGAUGCAAUUGUCGCUAAAAGGCAAAACUCAAUCUUUAGAGCCAUGUUCUCAAAUGAAUGAUCUCUUUUCUAAUAUGUAUAAUGAGGGAUGGAGAAAUGUCCCUAAUUUAUCAUGGAGAAAUCAAGGGAUCACCCCUAUGGGACCGCCUGGGUUCCCAGGUCAGUCGCAGGGAUCUCAAUAUCUACCUUCGCUUGCUCAAGAAAAAAAGCCAAGUGUUGAAAAUAUGAUGUUGCAAUACAUACAGAAAUUGGAGCAAAUAACUCAAUCUCAACAAGCUUCUAUUCAACGUUUUGAGAAAAAAGUAGGCCCAUUGUCGAAGGGAAUAACUGAGAAGGGGCAAGAUAAACUGCCUAGUACUACUCAGGUGAAUCCUAAAGAAGCUACAAUGGCAAUAACUCUUCGCUCAGGGAAGGUGUUGGAUGAUCCUGAAGCUAAAGUAAAGCCAGUACUUGAGAAGAAAAAUGAGGUUAAAGUGGAUGAUGGAACUGAAAAAAUUGAGGAUGAGCAUGAUGGCUUGGGCAAAAAGUGUGAAGAUGAUCAAUGUAUAAAGGUGCCAGAAGUUAAAACUUAUGUGCCACUUAUCCCCUUCCUGCAAAGGUUUAAGAAGAAGGCAGCUGAUGAGAUAUAUCAAAAGUUUGUUGGUAUGUUUAAGAAGUUACAAGUUAAUAUGCCUUUCUCCGAAGUUUUGGCAAAUAUCCUUGCUUAUGCAAAGUUCUCAAAGGAGAUAGUAUCUAAUAAAAAGAAGUUAAAGGACUUUGCAGAGGUGUCCCUUACUGAGGAAUGCAAUGCAAUACUUCAAAAUCAUCUUCUAAUUAAGAUGAAAGAUCCAGGGAGUUUUACUGUGCCUUGUCAAUUUGAACAUCUUCUUGUUGAUAAAUGUUUAUGUGACCUUGGAUCUAGUGUUAAUUUGAUGCCUUUAUCAUUUUUCAGGAAAUUGAAGUUUACCAACCUAGUGCCUACUCAAGUGAUUCUACAAUUGGCUGAUCAUUCAGUGUGUUAUCCAAUGGGUAUUGUAGAAGAUCUAUUGGUUAAAGUUGGUAAAUUUUAUUUUCCUACUGAUUUUAUUGUUUUUGAUAUGGAGGAAGAUAUUUCUAUAGCUAUUAUCCUUGGUAGAGGGUUCUUAGCUACGAGGGGAGCUACUAUAGAUUUACUUGAAGGAAAAUUAACUCUAAAGGUUGGUACAGAGAAAGAAGAAUUUAAUGUUUUUGAACCCUUAAAGUAUCCUUCUUAUGAGGAAUCUUGUUCCUAUAUUGCUGCUACUGAUGAGUUGUAUGGUGAAAAAUGUCUUAGAGCAGGACAUAGGUUUUUUGCCUUUGCAUGA